AUGGACCCCGAGAGCACCCUGCUUGGCGCGGCAAUCCAGGAGCUCUGGGCCAUCAGCCGCCGCCUCGACGAGCUCUCGGCUCGGAAGGCGCCUCUAAUGACCGCGAUUGCGGUGCGCGAACAGAGGCUCGCCGCCCUCGAGGUCGCUCUCGGGGCCCCCACGCCCCGUCACAGAGCAGCCCUUGUGACGCGCAGCAGCGCCGUGUCUCUUGAGCAGGCGACUGCAGCCCAGAUCUACGCGGGCCAGCCGCCCCUUCUCUACCUCCAGGACCGCGAGUCGCACAUAGGCUCAACUCGCAUGGCCCCGCUCCCUACAGACCCGUGCGCCGCCUUCGCGAGCGAGGAGGCCUCCAGCUUCGUCGGCUUCGAGCCGGCCUAUCCAACGAACAUCGCAGGGAUCGGCGGGGUCCUGGGGCCCCGCUCGGGCAUUCCCCUACGCCUCCGCCCCGUGAAGAACCGCUUUCGCGCAAACGACGACCUUGUCAAGGGCCUUCGGACGCUUUCGCCCGCAGACGCACAGGGCGCGCCCUACUUUUCCCGCCCAGUUGUCUCCCCGGACGACGAGCACGACGACGUGACGCACCUCCAGGCGGUCCAGAACGUCGGGCUCUACGCCGCAGCGCCCCUGCUCCCGCUGGCAUCGGCGCCUGUCGGGCCUUCGAGGACACACGCCCGUCAGCGGCAGUUCAGCGUCGUUGGGGUCAGCAAGGCGGUCGAGGAGGCCUUCGAGUUUGCAAACAUCGAGCGCCUGGUGGCAGACCUCAACGACGACGGGGUGCCGUCUGCGGUUGAGCCCUCCUCGGCCGCGCCUGUGCUUCCUCGGGCCCGCGGGUCGCUUGCGGGCAGAGGUGGGCGUGCGCCGGGGAUCUGCCGCCUCUCCACGCACCGCGGAGUGCCCAGCCGCCCGGCCUCUGGGGGCUCUGCAUUCGACGAGACCCGUCGCAUCGUCGGCGAGAUGAUGGCCGGCAGCGCCGCCCCCACGCUCGACCGUCUGCGCCGCGCAUUUGCAGACCGAAACCUCCGACUGCGACGAGCGCUCGCCGCGCGCCUCGAGACCCAGGUGCUCUGCCUCCGCUGGCAGCGUCUGGAACGGCCCCUGAGUCGCCCGGUAGACAAGACCCUCGACCUCCUUUGCAAGCACCGGCUCAACAGCCUACCCGGCUUUGCCACGAGUAGUUUGCGCCUGAUGAACCGAAGCAGGCGCCACGGAGUUGCGUGGGAGGGGUUUACACCGGUCACAGGCUCCUCCCCCGGCCCCGGAACUCCUCGGCAGGAGGCGGAAGUGUCUCUGUAG